CUCCGUGCGGCAGAGCCGAGUCCCCCACACACAAGGCAGAGGAAAUGGCGGACGUACUGGAUUUGCACGAAGAGGCCGGGGCCGAGGAUUUCCCCAUGGAUGAAGAUGAAACCAUUCACAAGUUAAAAGAGAAAGCGAAGCGGAGGAAGGGCAGAGGCUUCGGUUCAGAGGAGGGUGCGAGGUCCAGACUGCGAGAGGAUUACGACACUGUGGAGCAGGACGGGGACGAGCCAGGCCCGCAGAGAUCUGUGGAGGGCUGGAUUCUGUUUGUGACUGGAGUCCACGAGGAAGCCACUGAAGAGGACAUCCACGACAAAUUCGCAGAGUUCGGAGAGAUCAAGAACAUUCACCUGAAUCUGGACAGGAGGACAGGAUUCCUCAAGGGCUAUGCGCUGGUGGAGUACGAGACCUACAAAGAGGCCCAGGCUGCCAUGGAGGGGCUGAACGGUCAGGAUAUGAUGGGUCAGCCCAUCAAUGUGGACUGGGGCUUCGUAAGGGGACCGCCCAAGAGCAAGAGGAGAGGCGGACGGAGACGAAGCCGGAGUCCUGAGAGGAGGCGGCGCUAAGCUUCUCAUCCUGCUCUCUCAUUGGUGGACUUGACACGCUGCAGACGCCAGCCUUCCAAUCGAGAGGCAGAAUGACAGUGCUACGUUUCUUUUUUUUUUUUUUUUUUUCUCCUCUCAAAGUGGGGAG